ACUUAGCAUACGUUUUGGCAGACAUUUCCUCUUUGAGAAGGAACUCAAAUUCAAGUACAGCAGCCAUGCUCAGGUUUUUGGCCAAGAGAAUUGUGGCGAGCAGCUUUAUACCACUAGAAGCACGUGGGCGUAGUAUUCACAUCACUACCACAUUGGGAAAGAGCAUUAAAUGCUUUAGGAGUAAGUACAGUGCCUGCAAAACGGAGAAGAAGUGUUCGUGCAGUCCGACAGAUCCACCAGUUCGGCCGUGCUGCGAAGAGGACUGCUCGCGUCCCAAGUACCCAUGUUGUGUGAAUGCCCGCAUCGCGGAAAAUCCCUGCAGUGAGGCAAGAGAGGACGACAAAUUCAUCUCCAUGUGGGAGGAAUAUAAAGAUAGAAAGGAAACGCCACGACCAGAGACUAUGUGGCACUAUCCGGAAGAAUGCUGCCCGCCCUGCGGAGACAUCCGAUUCGAUGUUCUGUACUACAGACCAUCGAACAAGUGCCGGGACUAUCAGCGCACUUGGUGGGAGUGCUGUCCUAAGAUGGUCCCGAAGCGAGUUUGCUGUUGGUGCGAUGCCAUUCCACCGGAAGUCCUUCGUCGUGACCUGCCACUCUGCCCGCGAUCCGCUUGCUCCUCAGAGCACGAAGAGAAGCGCUUAAAAUGCCUGAACGAAAACUCCAAGUGCAUGCGUCUCCGGAUGCCCUGCUGUCGCGCCGCUCGAGUACCGCCCAGCUGCGACGAUAUUACUGAGCCAUCAGACUGCGAGAAGAUCAGGUGUCCGUUUCCCAGUUACUCCGAAUGCGUUCAAGAAGAUCCCGCCGUGAUUCCAACGCGUCCGCCCGAGUGUGAAUGUCUGGAAAAGAUGUCCAUGUGCGAGCAGAUUCGACGUGCUCAACACUUGGCCAAACACAACACCAGCAUCUGGCCAUGUUGUCGCUCCAAGCGAUGAAGACUGACAGGACUAAACAGGGCUUAUCUUGACUGUGAUAUCUGCUAGAAUAUCUGAGGUAGCUAAUGUUACAGAUACUCCAACAGAAACCACAGUAUCAGAAGCUUAUCUUCAU